UUUUUUUUUUUAGUAAAAAAAAUCGGUUCUUAGCUCUUCAAAUACAAGCUAGAACGCAAGUGCUGUCAUCGAUCGCCACCCGUUGGUCUCCCGACGCUACCGACGUAACCAAUUCUGCCGUACAAGUCUCACCCCGAGUUUCACAAUGUCACGCUAUGUGGACACACUGCCAGCUCCUACGAACCCAAAGGAGAAGAAGGUGAUAGUGCUUAGUUUUGGACGAAAUGGCACCCUCGGCCUAUAUUACGCGCUGCAGAAGCUUGGAUACAACCCGUGCCACAUGCGCACCGUGUUCCUUGGCGGCGCGCACGAACUGAAGCUUCUCCGGGAGGCCGCCCGUGGAGGAACAUACAGUGGGGAGAAACCAUUCAGCAAGGAGGAUUUGCAGAAAUGGCUCGGCGACUACGACGCGAUCACCGACAUCACACCCUUCAUCUUGGAGGAGGCCGUCGCCGCGUGGCCGGAUGCUAAGUUCAUCUUGACCACGCGCGAUGAGGAUGCCUGGUAUCGCUCUAUAGAGAAUACCAUCCUUCCGAUGUCGAGAAAAACUAAGUCGCCGUUCUUCAGACUGCUCGGGAUGUUCAACUCGUUCUUGUACGAAAUGGGGGGAAUGACCGAUACCUUGGGGGGAUUCAUCUGGAAAGACAGAGCCAUCGAUAACAAGGAAGCGGCCAUAAUGACAUAUCGCGCACACAAUGAGAAAGCGCGAAGCCUUGUGCCAAAGGAUCGCAUGAUCGAGAUCAAGCUCGAGGAUGGUCUCGGCUGGGAGCAAAUCUGCCCCUUCUUGGAAAAGGAGAUCCCCAACGAGCCUUACCCCCGCGCAAACAAUGCGGCCGAGUUCAAGGAGCUCACAACGAGCAUCAUCGGCCCCAGUGUUCGCAUGGCUAUGCUGAACAUGGCGACCACAGUCGUGGCGCCGUGUGUGGCAGUCGGGGCGUGGUACUAUCUGCGAUAUAUCAGAAAGUGAAACGCAGCCACUUUGAGAAGGAAGAGAGAGCACAUUCCAGGCUGAUUUGUUCAUAUGUAGCUGUCUAAGUCAUCGGCGAUAGCUUUGAGGUAGAUAAGGGUAUCGAGCUGGGCGAUGUGCAGGGCGUAAGGCAUUGUGGUAUCUUGUCUCCGUUGACGACGUUCUUCGUAUUAAGAUAGAUUUGGCUCAUUGUCGUCGUUGUUGUCGUCGUCUUCGUCAUUGCCGCUGUGACCCACGCCAAGCUAAGACAAAUCCCAUCCAAAACGUCUAAUUUCAGGCAACAUAUCUAAAAAAAAUAUGUAACUGCAGACAAAAACCGGUCAGGUGGUG